UAUCGAGCUGUUGUAUUAUGCAAAAGUUGUAGCUUAAUUGUUUUUGUAUUUAAUUAAAACUUAUCACAGAAAUGUUGUCGCUUUUGUCGUCCAUGCGGGCGCUUGCCGUGCGCCAACAGACAGGAGAAGCGCUCAGGUGUCUGCACCUUACAGCAGUCACGGAAGCAGCACGUAAAGGCACGCGCGAGAAGGCCCGCAAGAAAAAGGUUAAGGUGGAAGUGAAGAAGGUGGGAUUCAUACCUCACAAUCAGCGGGAUAAAAAAAUCAAUGUGAAGCGUGCCGAUAAGCAUGUAGACGACUCCUGGAAACAGGUGCCCAAGGAUGACGUUUACGUAGGCCGGUAUUAUCGCUGGCGUGUUUACUCGGUUGCCGAGGCUAUACAAUGUCAUCGGGAGACACAUCAUCCAAGCAUGUACAAUGUGCCCAAUGCCCCGCUGAAUGUAGAAAUUGAGUUAAAUAUGCAGGGCGAGAAAGCAACACGCUUUGUUGACAACUUCCAGCGCAUGGCCAUGAUACCGCACAAGUUUCAGCAUGGCGAGGAUCGCAAAAUCAUCGUAUUUACCAAGGGCAAUGAUGAAAUAACGGAGGCACGUGCAGCCGGCGCCUCGUUAGUAGGCGGCGUGGAGCUGAUUAAAGACAUUACCAGCGGUGAGCUGCUGCUCUCCGACUAUCAGUACAUCCUGGCGCAUCCAAAUAUAUUAGCAGAGCUGGUGGCAUUGCGUGGUUUGAUGAAGCGCAAAUUUCCCAAUCCAAAAAGCGAAACUCUAGGUGCAAAUCUAGCCGAGAUGAUAAUGAAGUUUUCAAAUGGCAUUAGCUACGGCGCGACCAAGGACGAAUAUCAACAGAACUUUGGGCUGAUAACCACAAGUGUGGGAACGCUUAACAUGGAUGCGCAACACUUGGAGGAAAAUCUGCGCCAUUUGCUGCAGGAUGUCAACCAAAUGCGACCCAAGCGCGAUGGACUCUUUAUAACGCGUGUACUCCUGAAGAGUCCGCCCAGCAGUGAACAGCUGAAGAUAGAUCCAUUUCUCUAUGUGCCGGAGAACUAUGACAAAAGCGCAGCCAAAGUAACUAGAGGCGAGGCCAAAAAGAGAGAAGAGGCCGCUGAGGAGGCAGAGCAAGCAGCUGCGGCGGCAAAUUAGUUGUUUUUUUAAUUGUAUAUUAAAGUUUGUGCAUUGACGUCAGAAUACUUAAAAAACUUACAGCAAUGGAACAGUAAAAAAUGUUUGUUUAAGGAUACAAUCUUUGGCCUUAUUGCUAAUUUUA